AACCCUGCAUUCACAUUUAAAGCGAAUUCGCUGUGAUGUAUACAAAAAUGAAUGCAAAAUUAUAUUAUUUAUAUCGUAUUUUGUAUACUUCGCCGCGAAUUCGCGCUAACUGUGAAUGGCAGUGUAUCGUUUGUAGUAAGCGGCGAGAAUCGUUCAUGAGUAUUUACUAUAUUUUUUUUAGAAACCAACAGCUAUCAUUACUUUCAUUGUUAUUCUUUUAAUAGGAUUAUUACAAUAAAUUUUAUUUCUUAAUUGUCAAAUAGAGACAAGUCAACUCAAAGACUUUUUUCUACAGUAAAAAAAAUUGGAAUAAUAGAAUAUUCUCAAAAUGUAUGUCAUUGAAAAUAAAAAAAUGUAAAGUAUAAAAAAAAGUGGUUAAUACUCAAGAUAAAGAGUCGCACAUUGGAAAUCCUUCACUUACACCAGACCAAUAAGCAGCCAAGACUUUAUUAGAAGAAAAAAAACAUGAUAAAUUUUGGAUAUAAUAGAAGUAACUAAUGAGACUGCUGCCAAAUCACACGCAAUACCUAGAAGAUGAAAUUAUAAAAAUUAUAAAAUAAAAAUAUAAAAUAGCAGUUUUAGACUUAAGGCCUUAGCUCUUUUAGAAAGAAUGAGGAAGAGAAUCAGGAACUCUAAUAAUACCAUCGACAUCAAAAACUGUGAUAACACAUCUUAUGGAAUAAAGAGAAACGAGAUCAUAAAAACAAAAACCGCUAGCGAAUUCCGUGAAUGCUUUGUUUUGCUUCACCCCUUAGACCUCGAGUUAAUAAAUGGCAAAAAGGAUCUUGCGCUUAACGUCGUUAAAGGCGAUUCUAAAGAUGAUGGUUCGAGAGUAUUUGAUUUGUUAAACUCAUUAACUAAUCAUGAUACCCACGAUGAACGAGAUUAUCUUCCCGACGAAAAUAUAGGUGACAAAGAUGUCAACUAUCUUGAUUCAAUGUCGGGUAAAGGGACCGACAUUGUGGGCACGUUUCCUCAGGUCUCUCAGAAAUAUAUAUUGACGCAAGAUAAUGGCAGGACAUCCAUAGUUAAUAAUACGUACAAACUCAUUGCUAAAAGUGCGCUCUCUUCGCGUGACGACACAAGACAGCAUUCGGGAAAUCUGAGUAUGAUUAACCUUAAAAGACCUCGUUUCGAAUGUUCGCUAUGCCCGGCAAUCUACAAAAAUAAGAAGAAAUUCUUACAACAUUUUUUGUCGCAUACCGCCUACGAUAGUCAAGAUGGCGAAAAUUCUUCUCCUACACCACUGUUUUACGAAGAUCAAAAUGAUAAACCUUCACCACAAAUGUCUCCUCCAGCAAAUUUCGUGCAUCUUCAAGAUUUUCGAUUAAUUUCCCAAGAUCUUGAAGAAAAACAAAAGGCAUGUGGCGCUAAUAUUUCUAAUAAUAUAGCCUCGAGUGGUAUGCCUUCAAAAUGGAUAACGGAAUUGAAUGUGUCCACACAGAAUUCCAUUUCGGAAUUAUGCGAGAUUUACAAAGCAGAAGUUGGUAAGCACGUUCUCGACGAAAAUAUACACCUAUACAAGCCCGCCACUAAGUACCACAAUAAUGAUCGCCUUGCAACCCGCUUAGCCGUUUCUGCGCCUUCAAGUAGUACGACACCAGAUUUUGAUUCUUUUUUGUUAAGCGAUCAACCUUGUUACUCAUGCCCGAAAUGUCCUACCGAUAACAAACUCGUGUUCGGGUCCGAAAAGCGUUUGAUGAAGCACCUAGCCAAACAUACGAGACCCUUCGUUUGUGAGAUUUGUCUCAAACGCUUCGCGAGGAAAGAUAGCUUAGUGAAUCAUCUCAGGCUAUGCGCCUUUAUCCCCAAUCUAACGACGCUCGUUCAGGAGGGAAGUGAUCACCCAAACGAGUUCCACAACUCGAAUAACCAGCCGAAUAUCCCCACUUCCAACAACACGAAUAACCAACCGAAUAUCUAUACCUCCAACAACACGAAAGAUCUUUCUCUUUCGGAUGAGCUAACCAACUCUGGUGCCAAAUGUGCUGAGUGCGAUACUAUAUUUCACGAUGUUCCGACCUACAGACGUCACCUCAGAACUCAUACUCAUCCGCAUGAGUGCAAAAUUUGCGGGUCUCGUUUUGCUCGUCGUUCCACAUUGGCAGAACACUCAUGUGACCCAGUGCUAUUUGAAUGCUCCUUAUGUUCCAGCGUAGACGGUUUCAAUCAAUCGAAAAAAUCUAUGUUUCCCACGCUACCCCAACUGGAAGAACAUUUGGCCGACCCUUUUUUCCAUGCCCUACCACCUUCUCAUCAAUGCUCCGAUUGCGGACGGAAGUUCAGGCUAGAAGCAUCCCUCGAGGAACACGUAUGCCAUCAACACUUCUCGCUCGUGCUCAAAAAGGUUCCCCAAUCCUUGGAUUCUCAUGCCGAUUUCUUGAAUACAAAGACGAACGCGUCUCGUUGCCGUAUCACCAACUUGGAUCCCUUUAUUUGCGAAUCCUGCGGGCGUAAGUUUGCUUCUUCUAACACCCUAAAAAGCCACAUGGCUAUUCACGGCGAACGCAACUUCAAAUGCGGCGUGUGUGGAAAAAGCUUUCAUCGCCGCGACACCCUCAAGGUGCAUGGGAGAGUUCAUGAAGAAACCGCUUACGAUCUUUCUCAAACUAAUGUGGGAGCCAUUAAGAAGGGUUACGCCUGCCCGGUAUGCGGCAAAGUAGUGAAAAGCAAAAACGCACUGGAUAUGCACUCCAAGCUUCAUAUGGCUUCAGAAGAACGGCUUCACGAGUGCGGAAUAUGCGCCAGGACGUUCCUCCAGAAGGGAAACUUGCGUAAACAUCUCAACACUCAUGCUCGCCAACGUUACUCAUGCCCAAUUUGUCGGAAGGUGUUUUCCUCUAAGGAAUAUUGCGCCCACCACAUUAGGGAACACACGGAAGAAAAACGAUUUGCCUGCGUUACCUGCGGAAAACGUUACUUGUUACGCCAUCGUAUGCUGGACCACUUUGCCCGUGCUCACACUCCGGCCUCCUUUGUUUGCCCUUUUUGCGAAGCCCGAAUUAAAAUGAGGCAUAGUCUUAAGAGGCAUUUCAAACGGAAACACCCAAAUAUGAGCAACGUUUGGGAUCGUCCCGGGUACGUCGAUAACCUGGGAUACGGUGUUUCUUCGAAUAUUGUUCUUGACACAUCUAACGCUGAUAUGCCACGUCUCUCUUUUCCCAUAGGAAUUGGUUCUCACGCUAUAAUGAAUACAACCUCUUCGGGGGUCCUUGCCGAAAGAAUCUUGACCUGUUCAUCCUCUUCCACCUAUAAUAACGAGAAUCACCUCAGAGAUACAGAUGGAUCAAUAUUCCCUACGAACCCUUUGGUUCUCUCUUCAGAGAGUACUUUGUCGAUGAAUGUCGAUAAGCAUGCUCAUAUUAAAGAUAUUGAUGCAAAUAUUUUGCGUAUGCCGCCUUUUCGGUCUGACGUCAAAAUAAUCACAGAACCUAAUAACGACGUAGGACAGAUUAAUCCAGAAUCUUGGCUUAAAUCUUUAAUGACAAACGAUGAACAUAGUUCCGGUCUAGUUAAUUAUGAUGCCACAAUGGAAUCCAAUAUUUCGCAUACCUUGGGCUCGCCUUCAAUAUGUUCUGUCACAUCUUCUUUGGAUUUUUCUAAUAGAUUUGAUCCUACAUCAAUGAUGCUUCUAAAUUCAGCAGAUAAAUGGGAUUUGAAUAACGUCAAAAAUUGUAUUCAACAAUACACCGCACGUCAGAUGCCUCAAUCAAAUGAAUUAUAUGGCCCAUCUAAUUCAUAUAGUCCUACGAUGAUUGUGAAUGAACAAGUUGAAUCUCAUAAAAAUGUUACAGCGUUGCUAGCACAUAAUGAUAUAAAUGAUCAAAUAUUUUUGACUAUGAAUGCUUUAGAAAGUAAGUAUGUACUUGACAGUUACGAUUCUCCUACUUCAUUGGAAUCUUCAAAAAUUAUAAUAUCCCCUACACAUCUACCACUCAACACGUGUAGUGAGUUUCCUUACCCUCGUAUUGAUAUGGUGAAUGCUAUAGCAAAAACGCAAUCAUUUUCUAAUUCGGUACCUAGUAAUAAUCAAAAAGGAAUUAAUUCAUCUCCCAAUAAUGAUAUAAAUAUUUUAUCUGGUACUGGUUCAGGCCUCAAUAGUAUUGUUUGUUCUUCUGAAAAUGAUACUUUUAAUCUUUAUAAUAUUGAACAUAACAAUUUAAAUGAUAUCACUACAUUAUCUGGGAGUCAACUAUGGUGACUGCCUCACUCUUGAAACUGUUUAACUCUUAUAUUAUGUUAGAUCUUCGAUUUUCAUAUUAUUCACACAUUUAUAUAUUUCUUACUAAUAAAUAAAUAUCGGCAUUAAUAA